AUGGCAUUGCACGAGGAGCCGGCGACAUGGACACGACCACCUUGCUUCGUUGUUGCAGGAGUGCAUAGUGGUGUUGGCAAGACUUCUGUGGCUGUGGGGUUGAUGGUUGCGCUCCGUCGGCGAGGCCUUCGGGUACAGCCCUUCAAGGUGGGACCUGACUUUUUGGACCCCAUGCACCACACAGCUGCUUGUGGUGUGCCAUCGGUCAACUUGGACGGUUGGAUGCUGGGCAAGAGUGGCUGCCAGGAGUCCUUUCAAGCGGCAUGUGCAAGGAGCUGUGCGGAUGUAGCGGUUGUAGAGGGGGUCAUGGGCCUUCACGACGGCUUGGACGGCCGUAGCGAUGCCGGCAGCACUGCAGAGCUGGCCAAGUGGCUCCACGCGCCAGUUGUGUUGGUGGUGGAUGCAUGGUGCCUUUCUCGCAGUGCAGCUGCGAUGGUGUUGGGCUACACCGUGUUUGACCCUGAGGUGCUUGUCAAGGGUGUGGUAUUCAACCGUGUGGCAGGUGAUUCACAUGCAGAGUGGCUGCGUGAGGCGAUGCGCUCCACUCCGGCUGUGUCGCACUUGUCCGUGUUGGGCUGUUUGCCAAAGGAUGCCAGCGUGCGUGUUGCAGAGCGGCAUCUGGGCCUGUGCAUGCCUGGCGAGGGGGAUGCCCCUCACUUGGAGGCGCUGGGCAAUCUUCUGGCCAACAACAUGGACAUUGAGGCUCUCAUGUUUAUGGCAAAGGAGGGUAUACCUGAGACAUGGCGAACACGUCCAGCAAGCAGUUUGCCCAGCCAGCGAUCUCCACCGGUGCGCAUUGGAGUUGCCAAAGACGAGGCUUUCUGUUUCUACUACGAGGACAACCUUCGGCUGUUGGAAGCGGCUGGGGCAGAGUUGGUGAGGUUCUCUCCGCUUACAGACCCUGUGCUGCCAGCAGACUUGCAAGCACUCUACUUCGGAGGUGGAUAUCCAGAACUGCACGGAGCAAAACUGGAAGGCAACGCCGGCUUGCGCAAGUCUGUGCACGACUUCUGCAAACGAGGUGGUCUUUGCUGGGCAGAGUGUGGAGGUCUGAUGUACCUUGCCCAGACCAUGACUGUGCGUGCCAAGGAUGAAACGAGUGGCGCGCGGCGGAGAUUUCAGAUGGCUGGCGUAUUGCCUUUUGACGUCUCGAUGACUGACCGCAUGGUCAUGGGCUACUGCACCUCAAGACCCAGUCCUGCAGUUGCCUCGCUGCUGCAGAUACCGAGCCUCGUGGAAUUCCGAUGCCAGCAAUAUCACUUCUCAGAAGUAACUUUGAACGGAGAGCCAGCUGAGCUGGUUGAUGCCGAUGGCCGCAGUAUGGGCUUGUGCGGCGUCGGUUUAGCCGCUUACCAAACUCGCAUGGAGCGCCCAGGUGCUGAGUUUGUUCCAGAGGGCAUCUUCUGCCGCUCCACUGUAGCCUCCUAUUGCCAUGUCCACUUCCGAGCCGCCGAAGGAUUGGCAGAGGCCUUGGUGACUGCAGCACGGCGCUGCUUGACGGUGGUGUCUCUCCUGCCAAGUGGCACGGAAGCCUUGUGUUCUAUCCCUGGCGCCUCUGAACGUUUGGUGGCUGUCAGUGCACACUGCGACUACCCAGCAGAUGUCCUUCAGCUGCGCAAAGCCACACGCAAUCUCAUCCACAUCGACGGGCGCAGCUCUGAAGAGGUGGAGGAGCAGGUGCAGAAGCUGCUAGCAGACGGCGUCACAGACUUCCAUCCCAUCGACGUGGACUGGCUUCGCUCUGCCCGCCCAGGGGUGGUGCUGUCGCAGGAGAGCUGCCCUACGUGCGAUGCGAGUACAUCGGCCGUGGGCCGUGCCUUGUCAGCUGCAGGCCUCGAGUCAAAGAGGUCGGUUGCCGUGGGUGCGACCACAGUAGACGAGAUUCUAGCUACUAUCGAAAUUAUUGGGCACGUCAUUGGAGAACAGGCGGCUGCAAUGUCUGUCACACAGGGCCUCCAACGCCGACUGGAUCGUGUGGUCCAAGUGGUGCGAGGCAUGGGUGCUCCCCGCGUGCUGGGCUUGGAGAGCGUUUGUCCCCUCGUGGCUUCUGGACAGUGGCUGCCAGAUAUGAGGCAACGUGCUGGUGGAUCGGAUGCCCUUGGGGAUGCACCUGGCGCAAAGCCUCGGCGACUGUCUUGGGACGAGGUAGCAGGCUGCGACGCCGACGUCAUCGUGGUGUCUUGCUGCGGCCGGAGUGCGACCGAGGCAGCGGAGGACGUCGUGAAUCACUUGGUGGCCAGGCCUGGUUUCUGGCAGCUGCCUGCAAUGCGGCACACGCCUGCUAGAUUCUAUGUUGUUGGGCAUGCCCUUCUUUCACGCCCAGGACCGCGGAUUAUUGAUGGUAUCGAGCAGUUAGCCAGUCUGAUACACCCUGGCUGUCUGCCAGUCCACCACGCUCGAGAUGCAUUACGGCUGCAGGGAGGCAUAAACGGUGUGGACUGGUUAGCUGUAUGUCCGGACUUUGACCCGGCUGCAGCUCCGCGGGAACAUGCCACCAAAUCAACUUGGAGGGCAAUCUGCAGCAACAGGGAAGGAUGCCAACAUGGCCAGCCGACUUCUGCAGCCCACACCCUUGUUUCUGGCGUUCUGGAGGGUGAGCUGGUGCUCUCCCAGCUUUCCGGAUCGCGCCCCUGCGAUUUAUGGCGCGGCAAGCUUGCGUCUGGAGGCAUAAUCUGGCAGCAGCAGGCUUGCUCCAAAGUCAGCGGUGAGAUUGGGCCGACUCCGCGAAGUCGCCACUGUGUGGCUAGAUGGGGCAACGUUCUCUUGGUCUUCGGCGGCCGGUGCCCCAAAAGCGGGCAGGCCCUCGCGCAUCUGGAACUCUUGCAUCUAGAGACGUUUUGCUGGACCCAUGGGAGCACCACCGGGCCAGAGCCAGCACCCCGCGAAGAUGCCAGUUUGGUCAUUGAUGACAGAGGAUCCCGUGCUGUAAUUUUUGGAGGUUCAGACGGCAGCGCAUACUUGGCCGACAUUCAUGUUCUGGAUCUCGCGGCCUGGCGAUGGGAGCAAGUAGAAUGUGGUCCUAGUCCCUGUCCACGAGGCCGCCACGUAGCUUGCGCGUGGGGCACGGAAGGGAUGCUUGUGCAUGGGGGCCACGGAGCACACAGUGAACUGGGAGAUUUGUGGCUUUUACGCUGGCGCGGGCCAGCUCAGUGCUGGGCUUGGGAGAAGCUCUUUGAUGACAACGCUGUCAUCAGCCCUCGCUUUAGUCAUGCAGCUGCCGUGAUUGGGGACGCGUUGCUUAUCACGGGUGGUCAUGCAGCAGACGGCAUUCUUGCAGAGGCGGGCAUGUUCCUUCUGCGCACUCGCGAGUGGUUGUCUUUGCCUGGGCUUGGCCAGCCAGUGUGUGAGCACGGCCUAGUCGCGGCAGACAGUGGCGUGCUCAUCUGGUCGAGCUCGGAGGGUACAGAAGAUGCAGAUGGCAGAGUUUGCGCAUGGCUGCUCCCGUACAGGGAGCUGUGGGCAUCAGCCAUGGGCAGAGGUGGGGGCUCGGCCAUGACCUCUCCCUCCCGUGUUAGUGAAACCGGACUGCCAGCGUGGGACGACGCGGAUCCCUUGUCUCUGGAUGAAGUGAAGCGCAGCGCAGAUGCCGGCGACAACCGAGCGACUCAAGCAUUGACGGCUCUCCAGCGCCUCUCAUCGGAGAAGCGUUCGCAAGCAACCUGGUCCAUGCUUCAUCGGCUGGCCACCUUGCAAGGAAGAUACCAAUACGAGGAUCCGGCUAGUGGCUAUGCUGUCUUCACCUCGACGUACCUCAAGAAGAGGCCAUGCUGUGGCUUUGGUUGCAGGCAUUGCCCUUAUGGGCACGCCAAUGUACCCAAAGCUGAGCAGGCAAAGGACGUGAUGGAUUGGUAA